AUGGCGACAACAACACCAGAAGCUGCCACAGUGGCAGAGAUAACACAGAAAGCAGGUCUACCAACCCUGCACCAUCUUGAUCACUCCCAGUCCCAGCGCAUGAUCUGGCUCCUCGAAGAGCUAGGCAUCGAAUACAACCUCGUCAAAUACAAAAGAAUCGACAACCGCGCACCGCCCGAGCUCGCAAAGAUCCACCAGCUAGGCAAAGCGCCCAUCCUCGUUACCGCAGACGGACGCCCCAUCAUCGAGACUUCAGCCAUCGUAUCCUACCUCCUGAAAACCUAUGACCGCGACGGCUUAUUCGCGACAGACGACUGGCUGCGCGAGGAGAUGCUCAACUCGUUUGCAGGCUCAUCGUUGGGGCCCGUCACUGGCAUAGCAUUACUCACUGAAUUGCUGCCGAAACAUAGCCCGUGGCCCAUUUCGAUCAUUAUGAGGAUGGUGCAUGGGACGGUGCAGAAGACGUAUACGAAUGGGGAGUUUACGAAGGCGAUGAAGUUCUUAGAUAGCGAGUUGGGGGAUAAAGAGUGGUUUAAUGGCGAGAAUCUUGGGAAGAGUGAUGUCAUACUGAGUUGGCCGUUGGAUAUGAUUGUUCAGAGGGGUUGGGUUGAUUUGGAAGGGGAUUGGCCAAGGUUGGCGGCGUGGAGAAAGAGGAUAUUACAGAGGGAUGCUUGGAAGAGGGGGAUGGAGAAGGGGAAUGGAUAUGAUUUGAAGGUUUGGUGA